AUGAGAGCAUGCGACUUGAAGACCUCUCCCGGAAUGUGUUCCGACCAAUACAUCUCAUCUCUCUGGCUGCACUAUGUAAUUCUUUCCAUCAUCGGUGGUACCAAGACUGCGCAAGGCGACAAGGAUAGCUACGAUCUCGGACGCACACUCCUCAAAGUGGGAUCCGUGCUCUUCUUCUUGAUUUGGGUGGCACUAUCCGCGAUUGCCAUAUACACUUUCUGCAGAAAGGCGCAUGCUACCUCAUCCGAGAGCAAGUUGGUCUUGGCCAGCAUCUGUGUCCUGCCGUUCCUGCUGGUUCGCAUAGUCUACACCCUGGCCGUUAGCUUCAGCUCUGCGGGCUCGAUAUUCGCGUACCCGACACCAAGUGUGCCAGUACAAGCGACCAUGAUGUUUGCCAUGGAGGCCAUUGUGUUGUGCUUCUACAUCUUCGCUGGCUUGUUCACUCCACGAAAAGAACGUAACACUUCGGGAAUGAAAGCAGAGGACAAUGCUGGCGAUUUCGCUAUGGAAGGCCAGCGCCCAAGGCAAGAGAUCUGAGGGCACGGUGCCUCACGAGCAUGAUCAAGAAGGUAAAUUGGGCAUUGGUGUAAGUGAACACCGCAGAGAAAAGCAGGCGGACGGUACGAAUGACGUUGAGAUAAGGCAAAUAGAGAAUAGAAGAAUGAUAGAG